AUGGGAGUUGCUUUCAACAACAUCAGUGCAGAUCUGUGUUUUAACUAUGAACCUCUGGAUCAUCUCUGGAGAGCCGCAAAUGAAAGUGGAUCAGACAUUUGUGACGAGUUUUGCUCCUGGAGCGGCUGGUACAGACUUUUCUACAGUGGACUAGACAUCCGAAUGUUAGAGAGCUGUGUUAGUGAAUACAGCUGUAAUGCAGAGCACAGUCUGUGGCUCAAUGGUCCUCACCCAAGGAUUGAGGAUGGAGUGGUGACCAGGGACGUCUAUGCUUUCAGCAAUGUCACCACUGAUCCCUGCUACAACUAUGAAUCUCUGGAUCGCCCCUGGAGAGCCACAAAUCAAUAUGGCUUUUUCAUUUGUGAUGACUCUUUCUCCUGGAAUGGCUGGUACCGACUUUUCUACAAUGGACUGGACAUCCGGAUGCCCGAGAGCUGCGUUAGUGGAGGCAGCUGUAACACAGACAUCAGCCUGUGGCUAAAUGGUUCUCAUCCUCGGGUACAGGACGGUGUGGUAACCAUACAGAUCUGUGGGUCCAAUCUUUGGAGAAGCUGCUGUGAUGACAGAUUCACUCCCAUCAAAGUCAAAGCUUGCCCAGGCAAUUAUUAUGUCUAUGAACUUCUGAAGCCACAAUUUGGUUGUUCAGCGUACUGCACAGAUAUCACCACUCUUCCACAGACAACUCCAAGUCCAGCUAUUAAUACAUCAAGUCCAGCUAUUAAUACAUCAAGUCCAGCUAUUAAUACAUCAUUGUCUAAUGAAACAGGUUAUGACCCAUGCUACAGCUACAGCAUUCUUGAUGAUUACUGGAGAAGCACGCUCAAUUACUGGCAUUUGUAUGGAUAUAUGUCUGGACAUGAUGACACUCGUGUUGCAUGGCAGGGCUGGUAUCGACUCUUCAUUAAUGGAUCGAGUGCUCAGAUGCCUGAUUGGUGUUUCAGCUCAAUGUCAUGUGGAGGUUUUACUUCUCUGUGGCUCAAUGAUUCACAUCCAGAUCUAGAAGAUGGAGUUGUUACUCGUGAUGUCUACGGCUCUGUUAACGACCAGUGCAGUUCCUAUCAAUCCAACCCAAUCCAAGUCAAAGCUUGUGCUGGAAAUUACUAUGUCUACAAGCUAAUAAAACCAAAGCCAUCGAUCCCAGUGCCUACAUACUGUGCAGUUCCCUUCAGCCCUCCAAAUACUGAACCCUGCUACUACUACACCAGUCUGGAUGACCCUCAGAGAGCCACUGAUAAUUUUUACAGCAGUAAUAUGUGUGAUUAUAAUGUCGACUGGAAUGGCUGGUACAGGCUCUUCUAUAAUGGUCAGAGUGUCCAGAUGCCAGAUUUUUGUGUUGGUGAUGGCAUGUGUGGCUCUACUCACCCACUUUGGCUCAAUGGCUCCCACCCAAGGCUAGAAGAUGGAGUGGUCACCCGACAAGUCUGCAGUCCCACCCGGAAUGACUGCUGUGGUUCCAGAUCUCAUCCAAUACAAGUCAAAGCCUGUCCAGGAAAUUAUUAUGUGUAUCAGUUUGUCAAGCCACAACAGUGUUCAUCUUAUUGUGCAGAUGUCACAGGUGUAAAUAUGCCAACUACAAUAACAUCUUCAACAGUGGCAAUAAUACCAGUAGAAUCCACUACUGAUAACUAUCACGGUAUAAAGAACGCUGGAUAUCAGAAAGAGUGA